AGAGGAUUCAUGUUUCUCCUAAAAGACAACGUACGGUGCUUACGGUAGCUCUUCUCAUGAAGGUGAAGGCGGAGUAGUGUUCAAGACCCACUAUAAAUAAUGAUGAUUUCUGACACUGGUGAUGUAAUAGUAUGGACAUCAGGUGAGAUGGGAAGCGGCGCGUCAACGGUUGAUGGAUCCCGUGUGGAGCGAGCGGAGGCCGUGCAGCCUGAGCCAGUCCGGGCCUUCACACCUGUAAACGAGAGUCCCGACACCCUGCAGGCUGAUGAAGGAGCUCCGGACGCUGUGGACAUCCUGUCUGUCACCACCGAAGACACUCACACUAAGGAAGACGAGCAGGAAGACGAGGCGCCACAAAGCGUCAUGCAGCCAAUUGUGACGGAAGUGGCGGCAGAGGGAGAGGAAGUCUCUGUGAACUUUGAGAGUUUUCUUCACAACAACGGAACUCUAUACAGCUGCUUCAACCAUCAUGGGAACAGAGUAUACGUGGACGAGGCCCAGAACCUGCAGCCGUUUCCCAACGACUGGUACAACCUGGGACGCUUCAUCACUGCCAACCAUGAGGUUGCCGCCCAGCCGCCGCCUCUCUCCAACAGCCAGCCGGCUGUGGCUGAGGACGACCGCACGGGAAGCAUCUUCAUCCAAGGCAAAGGAAGCGUCAUGACAUACAUGUUUGAGGAGAAAGUCAACGUGUGCAGGUUCUGGGAUCCUCAGUCAGGCAUCUGGCUUCUCCUGCCGCUGCAGUGGGAGAUGAACGUGGACUUUGUCCAGAACAGAAUUCAACGAGUCAUGUCCACCCUGCCAGGUUUGGUAGACCAGAAAGAAAUCACGGCAGCACUGCGUCAGUGUAACUACGACGCAGAGGAGGUGGUCUCCGUGUACCUCACUAUGUUUGGAGAGAUCCUCCUGCAGCCUUCAGCUGGAGGAGAUCGCGGUUACAGCGACCUCAACUCCUUCAGAGCUCUCCUGGAGAGGGAUCGGGUCAUUGAGGACCUGAAGCAGCAGCUCCAGGCCAAGGACAAGGACAUGGACAACCUAUUCCAGAGGAACAGCUACCUGGCGAGAGAAGCCCACUACCUCAGUGACGUGGUCCAGCACCUCAAUCACAAGGUAGCCGAGCUGGAGGCUGAUCAGCAGGAAGCACGGGAGAAGAUCCGCUCCCUUCAGAGCCGCCGAGCGCCCGCGGCCCCGCCCGCUAGAACCAUCAGCAAACCAGUGGUGGAUCCUGAGCGACUGCGGCAGGUUAGCCGACUGACCCGAGAGCUGAACGUGUCCAAUAAGCAGCUAGGCUCCACAGUCCGUCAGGCGCUGAGCGACAUGAAGAACCACGUUCAGCAGCUGAAGGAUGUUCUCGGCAAGCUGGCUCAGGUGGAGCAGGAAGCGGCCUUGGAGGUGGAGGAGCUGCGUUCUCUCUACAGGAAGGAGGCGGUGGAGCGACGGAGCUUGUACAACAAGCUGUUGGAGCUGCAAGGAAACAUUCGAGUGUUUUGCCGCUGCAGGAAAGGCUCCUCCUCCAGCUCAUGUCUGGACAAAACCGAUGAACAGGAAGUGGUGGUGGUCCAGAAGUCCAACAAGAAAAAGUUCCACUUUGACAAGGUCUACGCCCCCAGCAGCACCCAGGAGGAAGUGUUUGCAGGAACUGUUCCACUUAUCACUUCCUGCGCAGAUGGAUACAAUGUGUGCAUCCUGGCGUACGGUCAGACUGGCUCAGGCAAGACCUUCACCAUGAUGGGCACCAAGCAGAACCCUGGAGUCAACAUCAGGUCUAUAAGGGAACUUCUACGUGUCUGUGCAGAGAAAGAUAAAGUGUCCUACGUUCUGAAGAUUUCCAUGCUGGAGAUUUACAAUGACACUCUCAACGACCUUCUGGCCAAAAGUCCUGGCGCCGUCUUGGACAUCCGAGUCCAGGGGAAGUCUGUUUCUGUCCCAGGACUGACCCAGGUGCAGGUGCGGACUGAGGCGGAUAUACUCAGCGUCAUGGAGACGGGAGAGAAGAACAGAAAGAUGGCCUCCACCAAGAUGAACAUACACAGUUCCCGCUCUCACCUGCUGGUGGCUCUGGAGGUGGAGGGUUCGGAUGAGGUGUCAGGCCUGACCACUCGAGGGACGCUAACCUUGGGUGACCUGGCCGGAUCCGAGCGCAUCUCCAGAACCGAGGCUGAGGGUCAGAGGCUGGUGGAGGCGGCUGCCAUCAACAAGUCUUUGACGGCACUGGGACAGGUGUUUGCCGCCCUCAAGUGUAACGCCCUUCACGUGCCCUUCAGGAACUGCAAACUCACCCACCUGCUGCAGCCCAGCCUCAGUGGAGACGCCAAGUGCUGCGUGUUUGUCAACGUGAGUCCGGACGCAAAGGAUGUGGUGGAGACGCUGAGCACGCUCCACUUUGGUGCCGCCAUCCGUCACGUCUCCUUGGGUAAAGCAACGCAGAACUUAGUAUCGGCCAAAGGCAGCAAGACAGCAAAGUUAGCGACGCAAUAGGAGAAGGUUUAUGUUCUGCUAACUCCUCCGCGGUGAUGUUCUUGUGGUGUGACUGCAUUGGUUUAUCAUGUAUUUCAUCAUCAAGUACUGUAUGGGAGAUAUUUCAUCAUAGUUUUCACGAUGAUAUUUGAUUAUAAUAAUAGUAACGUUCUGUGUUGCAAAGUUUUGUGGUUAGGCACGCCCAUAAAUUGACUAAAAAUGUAAUUUUUCCCCAUAAACACAAAAUUUGCUUGAGCACUAGUUGCAGUGUGUGCAGCAGAACAAUACACUGUUUGCGUCUCAUGAGGAGCUACAGGAAAGAUAACCACUUAUUAAUUCACUUUUUGCUCUUCAUGUUUAUGACCUAGCAGACAGUUUGAAACAAAACAAAAGAAAAAAAGUGUCAUUUAAUGAUGGGAUUGAGUGUUUUUAUUUCCUUUGUGUGUACAGUGUGAAUGAUUUAAGUGUUCAUUUUGGUGAGAAUACAACAGUCUAACUACAUUUAUAGAUCAGAAGUGGAAACAGCAUAACAGGUCCCCUUUAAACUAUAAUUAAUAGGACAAAACAUAAAAAAAUAUUAUAAAUAAUAUAUUAUAAUAAUAAUAUUAUAUUAUAAGGUAAAAUAAUCCACCUAUUUUUUGUGGCGUUUGUCCUCACUGGGGUAGCGGGGGAAUUAUGAUGGAGGCUGAAAGUGGAUGUAGUUGUAAAGUUUUAUUUUAAAAAAGCAACAGCAGAAAUUGAAAAAAAAAUAAAAAUAUGAAGAAUACAGUCGUCACUAUCUCCGCUUGAGCUCUGUUUCUACCAUUAGUAGAGCCCUGCAGACAUGAAACAACACCCCUAUAUUUAUCUUGACACUUAUUACCCAAUAUAGUAGACAUAAUAAUGGGCAAUAAGCCAUCUUAGCCAUAACAAUAUAAGAUGGUGGUGAUAGUCAAUAGUCAAUAGAUCAAUACAAUGUUACUGACACCUAGGGACCAGUGUAGAAUAUUACUAUAUUGCCACUGUUUUUUGUUAAGGAGCGACUCAUGAUGCAUUUCAAUUGCUUUUUGCAUGCUACUAACAUUCCCACACAAGCUGCUGUUGGCUACUCUUUACGCUGCUAACGUCACGUCUCAGGCCCCACUUCUUAAAGGCACACACACACACACACAAGUCGCAGUUGCUGUAUUACACUUCAUAUCACAUCUUCUAAAUGCUUUACAUUUUUGUUCAUUUUACCAUAUAUGUUUGAAAAUGCUUAAUUUCUAAAAAAAAAUAUAUAUAUGUACAUUUGUUUAAAUAUGCAUUAAAAAGGCUCUAUUUAACCACAAAAAAAACAUUUAUUAUUUUUGGAAAAACAGCAUGGGUGCCAUGUUUGAAUUGCAAUUAAAGUUGUCAGUUUUGGAAAGUUUUGUUCUGGAAAAAGUUGUACUAUGAGAAGAAAGUCACAAUAUAAGUCAUAAUUGUAAGAAGAAAAUGCACAAGAACAAAGUUGAUAGUCUAAAUAUCAAGAUAAAAAAGCUGUAAUUGAAUGAAAAUUGUUGUUAGAUGAAAAUAAACUAAUAUUAAGGCAAAAAUAAUAUUUUUAGCAUCAUUUAACAAGUUGAAAUGCUGUUUUUUUCUUGAAAUAUAUACAUCUUAGCAUAUGACAAAAUAUGAAAGUGGCCCUUUCAUUCGCUGGAAAAUGUUAGGACACCACUGAGUUACAGGAUGUAUUAUGCCAAUGUAUUAUGUUUUUUCAUGAAACAACAAGUAAUCUAUUAAAAAAGGCAAAAUAUGAUCUGACAAAGACAUCCAAUUAGGAGAUAUUUAUUUAUACAUGUACUUAUAUUUAUUAUAUUUGUAUAUUAUUAGUAUGGCUUUAAGGUCAGGCUGUUUCAGCAAGAUGACGUCAUAGGAAAUGAAAUUCCAAUAUUCAAGUUCAGUAAAGUGAAGGUCAAAGAUCCAAAAUGUCCAACAUUGUGGUCCACACCAAGAAAGAAGAAGGUUCUAGUGUGAGGCAGUUGGGUUCUUGAGGA